GCGUUGUCAGUUUCGCCACUGUUCUACAACAGAUGUGCUGCAUUUUUAUUCAGACGAAAUAAUACGUUUUUUACAAGGUAAAACAUUAAAGCUUCUGAAAUUAUGAGUGAAUUCAGGAUUCAUCAUGAUGUUAAUGAACUUCUCGGGCUCCUUAAUGUCCGAGGGGGAGAUGGUGCAGAGGUUUAUAUUGAUUUACUGCAGAAGAACAGGACUGGAUAUGUGACCACUACAGUUUCUGCACACAGCGCUAAGGUCAAAAUGGCAGAACACUCCAAAACACCUGAGGACUUCUUGAGGAAAUAUGAUGAACUGAAGUCAAAGAAUGCUCGCAACCUUGAUCCACUGGUGUAUCUGCUCUCCAAACUCACUGAGGAUAAAGAGACUUUAAAGUUCCUGCAGCAGAAUUCCAAGGAGAGAUCAGAAAUGUCUGCGAAUGCAGCGUCCAGUACCACUGCAUCAUAUAGCAUUCCUGCAACCAGCAGCAAAAUGUCCAUGCAAGAACUGGAGGAAUUGCGCAAAAAGCUGGGAAAUGUCACAGCCAGUUCCAAUGUACCACAGUCUUCUGAGGUCAUCCGUAAAAUGCUGAGAGACCGUCAUAACAAGAAGAACCCCACUCAGCCCAACCCUGUGUUUCCAAACUGGGUGUAUGACCGGCCUUCUCUGAUUGGGGAUUUCAUCACUAGCCCCACCCCUGUGGGAGACCCUGUAGUGGCAAUUGGCACAAUGCCACUGGCUGCACAGGAACAAGCUUUGGUUGAGGAUCUGCUGUAUGUUCUGAUUGGUGUGGAUGGGAGAGACAUCACAGCUCAGCCUGUGCUUGGCAGACAGAGCCGAUCGUUCAUUGUAGAUCCUUCUCUCGAUUUGUCCGUCAAAGAGCUGGUCAACAGGAUAUUACCAGUCGCAUCUUGUUACUCCACCAUCACCCGUUUCACAGAGGAGAAGUCGUCAUUUGAGUAUGGCCAGGUGAAUCACGCUCUAACUGCAGCCAUGAGGACUCUGAUGAAAGAAUAUCUGAUCCUGGUGACGCAGCUUGAGCAUCUGCACAGACAGGGCACGCUUUCCCUGCAAAAGCUCUGGUUCUACAUACAGCCCACCAUGCGCACUAUGGAAAUCCUGGCCUCCAUCGCCACUUCCGUUGACAAGGGUGAGUGUAUGGGUGGCUCGACCCUCAGCCUGCUUCAUGAUCGCACUUUCAAUUACACCGGAGACAGCCAGGCUCAAGAGCUCUGCCUCUAUUUGACCAAAGCAGCCAGUGUUCCCUACUUUGAAAUACUCGAGAAGUGGAUCUAUAGGGGCAUCAUUAAAGAUCCAUACAGUGAAUUCAUGGUUGAGGAACAUGAGCUGCAGAAAGAGAAGAUUCAGGAGGAUUAUAAUGACAAAUACUGGGAUCAAAGAUACACUAUCGUCCAGCACAGAAUCCCAUCAUUCCUUCAGAAGAUGGCAGAUAAGAUAUUAAACACCGGCAAGUAUCUGAAUGUUGUGCGAGAGUGUGGCCGUGAUGUAACCUGUCCAGACGCCAAAGAAGUUCUCUACACGCUUAAAGAGAGGGCGUAUGUGGAGCAGAUCGAAAAAGCAUAUUACUAUGCCAGUAAGGUUCUGCUCGACUUCCUGAUGGAGGAAAAGGAGCUUGUUUCACGCUUGAGGUCAAUCAAGCAUUACUUUUUAAUGGAUAAAGGAGACUUUUUUGUGCAUUUUAUGGACCUGACGGAGGAGGAACUGAAGAAGCCGGUUGAUGAUAUCAUUCCUCCACGGCUGGAAGCUUUGCUGGAGCUGGCCUUGAGGAUGAGCACUGCCAACACUGAUCCAUUCAAAGAUGAUUUAAAGAUUGACCUGAUGCCCCAUGAUGUAAUCACUCAGCUGUUACGUGUCCUCGCCAUAGAUACCAAGCAGGAGAAAGCCAUAAUUAAUGCAGAGCCCACAGAGGUUUCACUUAGCGGUCUAGAGGCUUUCUCUUUCGACUACAUCGUCAAGUGGCCACUUUCACUCAUAAUUAAUAGGAAAGCCCUGACAAGAUACCAGAUGCUCUUCAGACACAUGUUUUACUGCAAGCACGUAGAGAGGCUGCUCUGUAAUGUGUGGAUCAGCAAUAAAGCAACUAAGCAAUAUUCACUGCACACUGCGAAGUGGUUUGCUGCUGCCUUUGCAUUGAGGCAACGGAUGCUCAACUUUGUCCAGAACAUUCAGUACUACAUGAUGUUUGAGGUUAUGGAGCCCACAUGGCACGUCAUGGAGAACAACCUGAAGUCUGCGUCCAACAUUGAUGAUGUGCUGUGUCACCACACCAGUUUCCUGGAUAACUGUUUGAAAGACUGUAUGCUCACCAACCCUGAACUGCUCCGGAUCUUCUCCAAGCUCAUGUCUGUCUGUGUCAUGUUCACCAACUGCAUGCAGAGGUUCACACAAAGCAUGAGGAUAGACAGCGAGAUGAAGCGACUGACUCUCGAGCACGGUACUAUGGAAGGCUCUUCAGUCCUGGCUGACGAGGCUGAGAAAAAAAGACUGGCCUCUAAAUUUAUAGCUGAGCAUGUGGAUGCUCUUCAGUCUGACUCUGGGUUCGAGGGGACCAUCAGCAAGUUUGACAGUAACUUCAGCACUUUGUUGCUGGACCUUUUGGACAAGCUCAGCAUUUACAGCACCAAUGACUGUGAACACAGCAUGAUCAACAUCAUCUACAGGCUGGACUUCAAUGGCUUUUACACUGAGAGACUGGAGCGAAUGGCCAUUGAACGAAGCCAGAAGACGGCAGCGUAGCAUUAUCUAUCAUAAUAUCCAGUCGUUUUAUAGUGUUGUGUGUUGAUUUGUUGCCUAUUUUCUCCACUUAACUAUAUGUAUUGCUAUUACAUGGUGCUGUAACAUGAAGCCCUUCUCUGUUGGAAAUGCAUUUUAUCGUCAUGUAUAAAUUCCACAAAUUCAAACUCAAUAAAAACUCGGUAUAAUAAAGUAAUAA